UCUUGAUGGCAGUGAUAUAUUAUCCGUUUCUGAACGUUACAGACUCAAGUUUUGAGUUUCUCGUACUAAUGGCAUCUUCUUCUUCAACUCUGCUGCUUCCAUUAGGUAAAAGCCCAUUUGAUAGCUCUCAAGGGAUUUGUAGUAGGAAAUUUUCAAGUGGGGUUGUGAGAUGUUCUAAUUUGGAACUCAAGGCUUCAAAUUGCGAUGAAAUUAAGCUAAGUAAGAGAAGAAGGGAAGUGAUUGGAUUGAUGCUUGGAGCUUCAAGUCUGUUUGUUGAGUCAUUUGCAGCCAAUGGAGCUGGGUUGCCUCCUGAGGACAAGCCUAAGCUCUGUGAUGUUGCUUGUGAAAAGGAGCUUGAAAAUGUAUGGUGAGAUUACCUACCCCUUUAUCUGUAAACAAUUUUUUUUGGGUAUUGUUUUACUAUAUUUGAUAUGUUUACCACUUAGGCAGA